AUGGAGAAUUUAUCGUCGAUAAUAGCAGUUCAACACAAAUCACACAGCCAUUUGCAAAGGUUAGCAAAACGUUUCAACAAUAAACCCGAAAAAGAAAUAACAAAGGGCUAUAUGAAAUGCGUUCUAGAAGAAGUCGAAACAAUUUAUAAAAGUUUUAAGGAAGAUCAUGAGCAAAUUUGUGCUUUGGCAUUGGAAAACACCAUUAAUGAAAAAGAUGUGCCAUAUCUAGCAAAUGACUUCUAUGAAGUUUUCUUUGAUACCUACAUUACGUUUAAAUCAAAACUAUUAGAUCUAGCCGAAGAGCCUACAAUGUCGCAUCAUCAUAUGGCAAGUACCUUCAUAUCUUCCAACAACAACUAUAGUAACUCAUCAACAUCAUCAUGUGCCAAACUUCCAAAAAUUGAAUUACCAACCUUCACAGGAGAGUACCUCGAGUGGAUACCCUACUGCGACAUGUUCACUUCGUUGGUACACAACAACCACUCAUUGACUGAUAUACAAAAGUAUUUUUAUUUAAAAGGGUCUUGUAAAGAUUCCCCUUUAGAUAUUAUAAACCAAUACCCAGCUUCUGAUAGAAACUACAUUGCUGCAUGGGAAGCACUUAAAUCAAGAUACCAAAACAAAAGAAAACUUAUUGAACAAAUCUUAAACAAGUUAUUUUCAAUUCCACAGUCUAAUGGUUCGUUUUCUAGUAUAAAAGAACUGCUUGAUUCAACACGAUCGUCUCUAUCACUGUUAAGGUCGCUCGAUAUAGACAUUGAUACAUGGGAUCCGAUCCUUAUAUAUCUUAUGACACAGAAAAUGGACAAACAGACCCGUAAAGAAUGGGAACAAUCCAUUAGUAGCACUGAACUUCCUGUAAUGAACGAUUUGUUCAAGUUUUUGGAAACUACAUUUAGAACAUUGGAGUCUGUAGAGGAAUCAAAUAACCGACCAGAAAGGCAGAUCUCUGUUAGUCGCUGUCCACAACAAAAACCAUUUAAACGAUCUCUGCACAUGCAUAACGCAGCCGUAAGUACGAGCACCUGUGUAUGCUGCCAACGUCGUCACCCACUAUACAAAUGCUUCAAGUUCUUAUCGCUGUCGCCAACAGAAAAGAAAUCAAUCGUAUCUCAAAACAACGUUUGUACGAACUGCCUGAACCCAGGUCAUUACUUUAGGCAAUGUAAAAUUGCAGCUCGCUGCCAACUCUGCCAUCAAACUCACCACACCAUUCUUCACGCUGCUUACGCAACAGACAUCGUUCAAGAUCAAACAACAACCGCGCUGUCUACUGCAGUAGAAAAUAUGAAUGCUACAGCAUUAAGCCAUACACAACCAACAUCACAUAUCAACUCGCACCUAUCAUCGCUUGCAGCGAAUCAACAGUCCCAAGUUCUGCUAGCUACAGCUAAGAUUCUCAUUAAACACCCCCACGGUGUUUGCUAUGCUAAAGCAUUGGUUGAUCCCGGCUCUCAAGCCUCAUUUGUAAACAGAGAGUUAUGUCAACUAUUAAAUUUGAAUCAAAAGAGAAUUGAAAAAACAACGAUAGAUGGAAUUGGAGCAACAUCUAAAACAUCAAUCAAACAUAUGGUCGAGCUGAAGCUGGUGUCCAAUUAUAAUAAGAAUUACAAUUUAACCGUGAGUGCUUUUAUUUUGCCUAAAAUAACAAAUUAUAAACCAAUAGAUGUGAGAAAAUGUGAUCUGCCGGAUUUGAAUUCAUAUCAGUUAUCCGAUCCAACUUUUUACAUGCCAUCUAAGAUAGAUGUUUUGUUGGGAAGUGAUGUUUAUGGUGAGAUCUUAAAACAAAAUUGUAUAAAGUUUCCAAACAGUGUCUUAUUGCAGGAAAGUGUGUUCGGGUGGCUAGUUUCAGGCCCUAUAGGCAAACCAUACCCAAAAACGACCCUGAAUGUAAAUAGCUGCAAUCUCGAGAAUCAGCUGCGUUUAUUCUGGGAACAAGAAGAGUUGGCAGAAACAAAAAAUUUAUCGCUAGAGGAAGAAGCUUGUGAAUCAUAUUUUGCAACAACAUAUAUUCGAACGAGUGAGGGCCGAUAUGAAGUUCACUUGCCAUUUAGAAGUUUGUUAAAAGAAGCUCAUUCUAAAACAUUACAUGGUGGAGUGCAGCUGAUGCAAUCAUACGUCAUGACUCACUACUGGAUCCUUUCAGCACGGAACUUAGCAAAAUCUGUGAAGCGAAACUGCGUGACUUGUUUCAAAUAUUCUGCUAAAGCCGCUACUCAAAUCAUGGGAAAUCUACCACAAGUGCGACUCAAUCCUGCAAGGCCCUUCAAACAUAGUGGUCUAGACUAUGCUGGCCCUAUAAAUAUGAAGCAAAAUACACUCAGACGAAGCACCACAACCAAAGGCUUAACCACUGAUGAUUUUCUGGCUGCAUUUAAGAGGUUCACUUCUCGCCGAGGACCUUGUACUGAUUUGUACUCGGAUUGUGGCACAACAUUCAUCGGAGCGUCCAAAGAACUACAGAUUUUGUACCAUAGAUCCAAAGCUUCAUUACCUGAACAUUUGGUAGAAGGCCUCAACAACAGUGGUACCCAAUGGCAUUUUAUACCUCCUGCUUCCCCUCAUUUUGGUGGUCUAUGGGAAGCGGGUGUGAAGUCUACGAAGCAUCAUCUUCGUCGUAUUAUGAAAGACCGGACUCUCACAUACGAGGAACUUUCAACCCUAUUGUGCCAAGUCGAAAGCUGUUUAAAUUCCAGGCCUCUUUGCCCGCUCUCAACUGAUCCCUCAGACUUCAGCGUUUUGACACCGGCCCAUUUCUUAGUUGGCGAGCCUACAACUUGUAUACCAGAAGACGACUUGCUAGACUCAAACAUCAAUCGGCUAACACAUUGGAAACAGAUUGAGAAACUUAAGCAACAUUUUUGGCAACGCUGGUCCCAAGAGUAUCUUUGCCGAUUGCAGUCAAGACCAAAAUGGAAUUGCCUAAAACGAGAGGCCCAAAUCGGUGAUAUUGUACUGCUACUUCAUGAACGCAGUACCCCAGGACAUUGGCCAUUGGCUCGAGUAGAAGAAAUACAUCCUGGCUCUGACGGGCACUGUCGAGUUGUGACCUUGUAUUGCAAUGGAAAAUUCAUAAAGCGUCCAAUUGCAAAAAUUUGUUUUCUCCCAUCCAACGAUGCAUCAUCAGUCACUUUAAAUGCUUUGGAAGAAAGAAAUACUUGAAGUACGGUUUAAGAACUAAUGUUCUUAGUGGGGGAGAAUGUAUUGGCUUUUUUACUUUAAACCUAUUUUAGCGUUUUUUAUUUUAUAACUUUAAUCUCAUCACUGAUACUUGCCUUAAUAUAAUUGUCUCUUUCUUACAGUAUUUUUAAGUAACAUUAACUUUGCUCUCACUUAACAAAACCCUGUAACUUACAUUUAUACAAGAGAGAGUUGUUGUCAACUAAGCCUCAAGCAAAGCAGAUCGCUACAGCGAAACAUUAAUUUGUGUCUUGUCAUUCGUCUUUUUUUUUAAUGUUAAAAUUACUAAAUAACCUCUUGUUGUUAUAAAAAUAAUAAGAACAGUUGUUUAAAGAUAUGUGUAGUAUUCUGUGAAUAAACUUUUA